ACUCAUAAUCACGCUAUCCGCUAUCUAUUCAACUCAUCAAUCGCGCUCACCAUGGCUGAUGACGAUACUACCUCCUUUAACCAGAUCGAACUUCACAAAGAAAAUAUUCAGCCCAUUGCCUCCGGGCGCUCAGCUCGAGCUCUUGUCGCCUCUCUCUCGUCCCGUUCGAAUCCUGUAUUUGCCCGGGCCGAGCAUGCAGCUAAACAAGCAGAGUUUGAAGAAGAGUUACGGGGAUCUUUGGACCUGGAUGACCCUUUAGAAGUCUGGGUUCGUUACGUCAACUGGACACAAGAGACCUUUCCAUCUGGACACUCCGCAGAUUCUAGUUUACUUCAGCUGCUAGAGAGGGCAACGCAAACAUUCAUCCACGAACAGCACUACAAGAAUGAUCCAAGAUACCUCCGCCUAUGGAUUCAGUAUAUCCAAAAAUUUUCCGAUGCUCCUCGGGAGGCCUUUGCCUUCCUUGCUAGACACGACAUCGGUCAGCGGCUGGCCUUAUUCUACGAGGAGUACGCUACUUUGCUUGAAAAAAUGGGUAGGAAAAGGCAGGCCGGUGAGAUUUACCAAACUGGGAUGGAAAACAAUGCCAGACCUACGGACAGACUUCUCAGGAAGUUCGAAGAGUAUAUGCAGCGGUUGGAGCUCGACCCCCCCGCAGGUGAUGAGCCCUGCUCCCCUGCCUUGCCAGCGGUUAGGCCAGCCUUAGCGGCAAAACCUUUUAGUGGGGGGUUUGGUUCCGAAGGACCUGGUGGUUUUCCUGCUACACAGCAGCAAUCGCAAGGGUCGCAGCCAAGCCCAAGGCAGGCGAAGCAGAAGAUGGCCAUUUUCUCCGAUGCAGAUGCAGCUCCCACCAAUAAGGCACCAAAUACCAUCGAAAAACCAACUAGUGGCUGGGAGAGCAUUGGUACGUUGGAGCAGAGGAAGAAAGAAAAUGCCAUAGAGGCUCGGCCAUGGGCCGGCGAGGUAUUGAAGCAGGAAGGAGUGAAAACGAAAAGUGCAGAGAAAAUGAUGAUUUUCAGGGACGAGAGUGUAAGUACCCUCACAAAACCAUGAAUCAUUUUUUUCAUCUAAUCAUCAUUUUACAUGUUUACGCAAGUAGAACUAAUACCGCCUGUCUACCCGUUCUCUGCGAUCGAUUUCCAGUCUCUACCGAAGCAAAAUGUUCCUCCUGUACAACAAAAUGUUUUACCUACUAGUUUACCUUCAAAUAAACGACCAGAGCGGGUUGCUGUAAACCUUGAAUUGAUUUAUGCAGACGAAGAUAACCCCACUGAAGAGCUGUCUUUUGAUGAGUUGAGAGCGAUCAAGAGGGGCCAGUAUGGGAUCGACUGGAAUAGGAUACGUGUGGAGCAAGCUGAGGCAGCCAGAGAACCACGAAAGAAGGCUACCCAUAGUGGGGUAAUGGAGGAGUCUCGAGCUCCUAUCAAAGUGAAGACAGUUCUUUCGCCUUCUCCAAAUAGAGGAAAAAUCAGACGGAGAGGGAAAACACCCGCCAGUCCCACAAUGACAUUUCACACCAGAGCAGCAACAGACGAAAUAUAUGACAUCUUUAACCAACCUAUAAAGAAAACUUCAAUGACAGGGGAGGGCCCUGAUGAUGAUGGAAGUGAGAGCGAUGAGAUGGAGAGUGAUGGCGAGGACUACACGAUUGGCACGCAGGUUGGACAAGUGGAGGAAUCCGCUCAGGAAGGCGACGAUGGCGAGGGUGACGAUGAAGACGCCAAAAGUGUGAAGAGCGAAUGGUCUGACUUUACCUUGAGAAGGGACGUUCCACGGCAUGAACAGGAAGGGGAAGUAGCCGGGCGUCUAGAGGUCGGGUUUGGGAAACUCGCUAUCCACUGCGAUGAGCCCGAAGCUGGAGGCGCAUUGGCGAUCCAUAGAGACUCACCCUGGGGCGAGGAGCCCGGCCUACCAUUCCAUCCCGCUCCCCACAGGAUACCCAUCCCAUCACCUCCUGAUAUUUUCGAUCCCCCUCGUCCUCCAUAUCAUGCUACAAAGGAAACCCAAUUCCAAGGGCAGAGUAGACUACCAUAUAUGACACCGAUUGUCGAAAAGACGGAGUCAUUACCACCUACCACUGCUAGGCGAAAGGAUGUAGCCAAAACACCUAGCAGGAGUAGUAUGCCCGAUAUAAUGGACGACAACUUGAUGAGCAGCCCCUUCGAUGACCCUAACACCCCUAUCCUUCCCCCACCACCUGUGAAGUCCCAGCCCGCUCCAUCUGCCCUCCCGGCCCGUGCCCCCAAGGAGAGGAAGCCGUUUGGUACAAAACCAAUAGCAGCGGCGAGAGCAAAAGAAACCACCCAGAAAAGCCCUAUAAUCAAAGAUCUACAAUGUAAUCCCAUGGAUGAAUCUCUUCGAGCCAAUAUCUUUGACAAGCUCCUGCCACCAUUGAAGACAUACGAAGGCUUCUACCAGCACACAACCAAGUUUGGACGAGGAGCGGAUAUCAAGCGAUUCGCGAAGGCUAUGUCGAAACGUGACGGAGAAAAAACCGCAGCUAACAUUUCGCAAGCUCCAAUCAUCGAGUUCGUCACGGGUGACGGAGGCAGUUCUUACACCAUUAAGCGUGAGUUGGGGAAAGGUGCUUUUGCCCCAGUCUACCUUGUGGAGAACAACAUCGUGGCCGAUGUCGAGGACGAAGCAGAAGAAGUGCAUCCGGAUGAUGAGAACGCAGGCGAUCUCCUUUCUCUUAGCAAGAAGAUAAUUGGGCGAGCGCGCUUUGAGGCUGUGAAGAUGGAACACCCACCGUCACCUUGGGAGUUCUAUAUAAUGCGGCAAGUCCAUCGCCGUCUCGGCGUCUCACGACCAGUGGAGUCAAUCCUAAAGGCUCACGAGAUGCACCUUUUCCCGGAUGAAGGAUAUCUCCUACUUGAAUACCGCGACCAGGGCACAAUCCUCGACAUAAUAAACAUUGCCAGAGCAGAAGUAGGCACCGGUACCAAUACUUGUGUAAUGGACGAGCAAUUUGUCAUGUUCCUAUCCAUCGAGCUCCUACGUACCAUCGAAGCAAUGCACUCCAAGGGCCUCCUCCACGGCGAUCUCAAGGCCGACAAUUGUCUUGUUCGCUUCGAAAAUACACCAGAUAAUACUUGGUCCGCACGAUAUCGACGAGACGGUUCAAGUGGCUGGCUCAAAAAGGGAAUAACCCUAAUAGACUUUGGUAGAGGAAUAGACAUGAAACUCUUCCAGCCAACUGUUCAAUUCAUCGCGGAUUGGAAAACAGACAACCAGGAUUGCGCAGAAAUGCGCGAACUCCGCCCUUGGACCUACCAGGUGGACUAUUUUGGCCUCGCCGCCAUCAUCCAUUCCAUGCUCUUUGGCAAGUACAUCGAAACCACAGCAGACCGCGGCAACAUCCUGGGCGGUGGGACCAAGAAGUACAAAAUCACUAGUUCUUUUAAGCGUUACUGGCAGACGGAGAUCUGGAGUUCUGUAUUUGAUGUUCUGCUCAACCCUCUUCAAUACAUUAAGGACGAAGAGAGCACUUGUAUGCCCGUCAGCAAGAGUGUGAGGAAGUGCAGGGAGGAGAUGGAGACAUGGUUGGAGGCGAAUUGUGAGAAGGGGGUUGGAUUGAAGAAUCUGAUUCGUAGGAUGGAGGGAGUUCUUGGGAAGAAGCGUUAGUUUUACUAUGCCUGUCUUUUUGUUCUUCCUGUUUGGAAAUAGAUGGCGCGAGCGCCGGUGGGAAGGUAUCUCCUAUCCGCCCGGCUCCCUUCCUCUCUGUCUAGUUAGUGUUAAUGUAUUUUAUAUGUUGACAUGGCACCCAUAUAUACUUGUAUAUCUCUUCCUUAACAAAAAUACUGUUCUGGUACUGUACCACUGCACUGGCUCCCCUCCCACUUCCUGUAGACAUAGUAUUCACACGCGCUAUUUAGCUAUCUCUGUACGAGUACUAUGUAAUGAGGGUCCACCGGAUAGUAAAACCCAAUGGCGAGUUUGAGUAAAUUAUCCACUCAAAGUGUCAUACCCCUCUCUGGAUAAUAACCGAUAAUCACCAUUUCCGUUAAUCCCAUCACUGAUGGCCGGUUCCAAAAGCUACGCUUUUCACUA